AUGAGCCCACCAAUUUGUGUUUCACUGCAGCACAAAAAAAUGUUUACUUUCAAUCAGCUUGACAUUAGUCAAGUCUUCAAGCAGAGGUGCUUGGGACUUGAAAAGACAGCACACGGGAGGAGGUUCCCAAAACGACAAUGUAUCUACAGAGCGAUGUUACAACCCAACAAGAUCUGUCCAACAUCAAGAAAUAACAAGGACCACCGAAAGUCAAUAAAAUGUGCUGAAAAAAAACAGAUAUCUCCACCGUUAAAUCCUCCUCAGAAAACUGAAUAUGGGUUAAUUUGUCAAAAGAUCAGCUACCCACAAAACCAUAUGCAUCAACAAGGAAUCUCCAAACCCUCAAUUCAGACAUUCAAAACAACCAUCAAGAACAAAAUUUUCACUUUCAACUUACCAAGUAUGACAUGUGAAAGUAUUCUUAAAGAUAACAAAAGAUAUUUGACACCAUAUGAGCAGAUUGAAAUUAAAGAAUACAGAAAAGUCUGGUACGUAGGAAAAAAGGAUACUAAAAUUCGUACACAAACCACAUCUGAGGAGGCCAGGUCAUUUGAUGAUGACCAAGGAUUCUACAAAUCAAGGAUUGGUGACCACUUGGCUUACCGUUUCGAAAUAUUGAGGGUGAUAGGAUCAGGAUUUGCUGGAAAAGUCCUCAAGUGUAAGGACCACAAGACAACAAUGCUCGUGGCAGUCAAGGUCUUUCGAAACACAACUGAGGGUCAUGGGUUUGCAGAGGCAGAACUAAAAGUUUUAAAGACCCUGCAAAAGUUAGACAAGAGCAACAAAGCCAAUAUAGUUCACAUGAAGGAGUACUUUUACUUCCGCAACCAUCUGUGCAUCACCUUUGACCUCUUUGAAAAGGACCUCUUUAAAGCCUUAAUGCAGAGCAAAAUGCGCCGACUCCAUGACGGGGACAUUAGAAAAUAUGCCACAGAUGUGCUUAAGUGUCUUCUAGUGCUUAAAGGCAUGAAGAUUGUUCAUGGUGACCUGAAACCUGAAAACAUUCUAUUAGACAAGGAAAACAAUGCUGCAGUGAGCGAUUUUGGAGGCUGCAUUUUUUUGAAAGACAAUGAUAGACCAACGAUUUACACUCUACCGUACAUGUCUCCAGAACUGCUCCUCGGCAAAACAUCUACCCCAGCGACUGACAUGUGGAGCCUCGGCUGUAUGUUGGCUGAACUCGACAGAGGCUACGCUCUCUUUGGUGGCCAUACCAAAGCAGACAUGUUCUACUCCAUCACAAGAGUUCUUGGCCUCCCACCAAUAGAAAUGCAGGUUGAAGCAAAUGAAAAAAAAUUCCGCAUUGGCAGCCCGGACAUUGAAUCCUCAAAACUGCAUAAAAAUACACUGGCCAUAAGGAUAAGGUCAAGCAAUCCAAAGUUUCUGGAUUUCAUUUCGUACUGCUUGGAAUAUGAUACAAAGAAACGCCUAACACCAGAACAGGCUUUGCGUCAUCCAUGGAUCCUAAACACAGAUGCGCCGAAACCAAUGAAGACAACUAUUAAAAUGAGUGUCAAAGCAGCCAAAACCAGCUUACUAAAGAGAGACAAAAUUGCACCACCCCUGUUGCAGCCAUUGGUACUACAUAAAUAG